UGUAAUUUACAAAUGGAUUACCAAGGGAACAAUGUUAGGGAUUUUCUUAAUGCUAAUGGACAUGUCGUUCUUAAAAGGGUGGAUAACAACUACAAUCUAAAAUCUUUCAGUCAGAAAGAGAUAGAAGACAUCACCAAUGGGUAUUACACCGUGCUGGGAGAAGGGGGAUUUGGUAAGGUUUACAAAGGAAAAUUAGAUGAUCUCCGUCCAGUUGCAGUAAAGAGGUACAAAAAUGGAACUAAUAAAGAAGAGUUUGCCAGGGAAGUGAUAGUGCACUCCCAGAUAAACCACAAGAACGUCGUCAGACUGCUAGGUUGCUGCACAGAGGAAAAUUCUCUUAUGAUUGUAAUGGAGUUUGUAUGCAAUGGCAACCUCGAAAAUAUCCUUCACUGCAGCAAUGCUAAUGUUAUUGUCCCCUUCCCUUUGGAACAACGUUUGGACAUCGCCAUUGAGUCCGCUGAAGUAUUAUCAUGCAUGCAUUCAAUGUUUAGUCCUGUUCUUCAUGGUGACAUCAAACCUGCUAAUAUACUUUUGGACGAAAAUUUUCGGCCAAAGAUAUCGGAUUUUGGGAUAGCAAGAUUGCUUGCUGCUGAAGGGAAUCAGUAUACCAGAUCUGUCAUUGGCUGCAUAGGUUACAUGGACCCUUUGUUCUGUCAGAGUGGGAUCCUGACUCCAAAGAGUGAUGUAUACAGUUUUGGAGUUGUUUUACUGGAAAUUAUCACGAGAAAGAAAGCUGUGGAUGGAAAUAUUAUCCUAGCUCAAAGUUUCGCUGAAGCCCUUAGGAAAGGGAAAAAGGUGAGACGAAUGUUUGAUGAGGAAAUUGCAAAUGAUAGAAAGAACAUGAAAUUGCUUGACAAUAUCGCAAAACUAGCAGACGAAUGCUUGAAAAUGGAGGAAAAAAUGCGUCCAGAAAUGGUUGAAGUAGCUGACAGACUUAGGACAGUUAGGAAAGCUUUCCAUCAACGCAAGGGCAGAAAUUCUACAGGUAGCAACAUUGGACUUACUAGAACUGCACUGGCAGAGAAUGUGAUUUCCCCUACCCCUGCUACCUCUGUUACUCUGAAUAACAAUGACAAUACUCUACCAUCUACGGUACCGACCAUUUCCAUGGAUGAACUGCAGGAAAUAACGGGGAACUUUAGCAAUGACGCUCUAAUAGGACAGGGCUCAUCCAGUAAAGUUUUCUUCGGAGUGCUGAAAGAUGGACAUAUGUCCGCGAUCAAGAAGUUUAAUCCUACAAAAAAUAACAUUUUAGAGAUUCCGGUGGUCUCAAGAUUCAAACAUAGGAACGUUGUCCAGCUUCUAGGAUACUGUGUUGAAGGAGACAACCGUGUUCUUGCUUACGAGCACACAUCCAGGGGGUCCUUGCAUGAUAUUCUUCACGGUAAAAGGAAUGUUAUUGGAGCCGAACCAGGAAUGGUUCUAUCAUGGGCGGAACGAGUGAAUAUUGCCCUAAGUGCUGCAACUGGACUUGAGUUCCUCCACAAGAAGGCACGGCCUUGCAUUGUCCACGGUCACAUCAAGUCCAGCAACAUACUUCUCUUUGGCAGCGACGUCGCAAAGAUUGGUGGCAUCGGUGUUUCACAUGCCCCUAGCUACAUAGAUAAUACUUUUUUGGAUCGUUUGGAUGGUACUCCCUCCAUUCCGAUUACAUCUCCGUGGAGGGGACACAACACGUACCUCGGUAUUGGACGUAGUACCUCUCAUGGUCGGAUAUGUUCUGGUUACGAAUCGCCUGAGUACCUCUUGAAAGAUACACUUUUCGAUAAAGUCUUCAAAGAUGCACACCUCUGCUUUCAAGAAGAAGAAGAAGAGCAAUUUAGCACAAAAGACGAUGUCUACAGCUUCGGUGUCGUGCUGCUGGAACUUUUAACAGGCCGGAAGGUAUUUGAUGCUACAUUACCCCGUGACCAGCAAAGAAUCGUGACAUGGGAAAGAGAGCAAUUGCCUAUAUUUUUCAGAAGAAAACUGAAGGGGAGCAUCUACAGUAUGGCCAUCCAAGGUUGA